AGGCGCUUCAACUGCUGGAGUGUCCGCCCUACGGCCAAAAUGGUGAAGUCGGGACCACGCAAAGCUAUCGUUCGGACGCUCUCACUACAGUCUGGUUGAGCGCAGGCAAGACCAGGAGCACAAACGUCUGUUUGCUGCUCGCGCAGCAUCAGCGUUUGCUCAGACGCACGAUCUAACCAGCUGGGCCGUACUUCGUACUUGUUGCAGGGCGAACGACCCUGCCCCAGCACUCCCUUCCAAAUGGAUGUUUCAGACCGUCGCGAGUAUGGCUCUCUAGAGAGGGAAACACGCGAUUCGUCCGAUGCGGACUCGGACCUAGAGGAACUUCAAGGAGACAUCGCCAAGUUUGACGAAUCUGUGCGAGAGUUCCUUGCGUCUCAUCAUGGAUCUUCGGAUGUACCGCGGUUGGCUCGAGGCGGUGCUCGGGGGCGCGGGGCGCGGGGCCCGCGAAAAGCAGCAAAGCCGCGAGGUGAUAUCACCGCUCGGCUCUCGAGAGUGAACCAGGCCUUCCUCGCCGGCGACUAUGAUCAGGCCGUAGACCUCGCAUUUGAGGUGAUUCGGAUCAAUGCAGAGACUCACCAGGCCUGGACGGCUCUAUCGUCCAUCUUCCGUGAGCGUGGGGAGCUUGAUCGGGCUCUCUCGGCCAUGGUGUAUGCUGCUCACCUGCGGCCGAAAGACGUGUCCGGCUGGCUGAGAUGUGCCUCUUUUGCCUUGGACACCAUCGAGGAGGACGAGAAAACCAACCUCAACACCGCACGGCUUUGCUACUCGGCCGCCUUGCGAGCUGAUCCAACUCAUAUUGACGCGAGACUGGGCAAGGCAGCCGUGUGCCAUCGCCAGGGCCAUCACGCCGCUGCAGUUGCCGAAUACAAAAUUGUGCUAAGGAGUCGCCCUUAUGACUUGGAUCUCGUGAGGAAACUGGCCGAAUCUUGUGUUGACAGCAAGAACCCCAGCACAACUCUGCCCACGGCAAUACAAGCAUACCGUCAAUUUUUCGACCACGGAGUUGAGUCGCAAUCCUCGGACGACCUGCAGCCCCUUUGGCACGAUGUAGGAAUAUACGUCGAGUUAUUUGCCGCCGCCGAGCGAUAUGGAGAGGCAAUCCAUGAGCUCAAGGCCCUAUCGCGGUGGCUUGUUGGGCGCGUCUCUGAGAAGUUUUGGGACGACUACCAGGCAGACGAUCGGGAAUGGGAUAUCGAUGCGGAUCGCCGAUCCCACGUUUCUGAUUAUUCUGCAAACCAUUUCAACCAGACGUUGUAUGGCAGCGCUUUACCCCUCGACCUGCGCGUCCGCCUGGCUACCUAUAGGCUGAGGCUGAGCCAUGAGUCCGAGGCACUGAGGCAUCUAGAUUGGUUCGAUACCAGUGACAGCCGCACGGCCGACUUUGUGGGCGAUUUCCCUUUCCUCAUCUAUGAACUGGGCACCGAGCUCGCCCGCUGUGGGCGACAAGGUCUUGCGGCCAAAUACUUUGAGCUUCUGCGACGUGAAGUCACUGAACCAGAUCCGGCAACGCUACUGCAGCUGGGCCGGUGCUACCUCACCUUGGGAGAGCAGCCUGCUGCGGAAGAAUGCUUUUUGGCAGCAAUCGACGCUGAUGAAGACAGCAUAGAAGCUCGGGUCGAGCUUGCCAACAUGUACGAGCGGGCCAGAGAAGACGAGGAAGCCCUCAUUCUAGCAGCGGAAGCCAUGGCCUUGAAAGAGGCUCGGGAACAACCGUCCUCUGCUCCACUCGAGGGCGACGGCGAGUCACCAGAGGCAAUACAACGUCCGAAACGGGCCGUUGGCAGCAAACAACGAAUGCGAAAACCUCGGGCACAAGCAGCGGACAGUACAGCGGCGGCGGGCGACGUAUCCAAAAAGUCAAUUGUUCCCCGGCGUUAUCGUCCAAAGAGGCUUGCAGGCCCCGACAAGCGCCUCCAGGAUGAGCAGGCACGUGCCGUCAAGCUUUCUCAUCAGUACGAGGCAGUGCGUGAUCUCAAAAGACAGAUCAUGGCUGGUCGGCAUGACCUCGUCCCAACCUGGAUGGCCACCUCGAAGGAGCUGGUAGACGAUUUCAGGUCUCUCAAGCGCUUUUAUACAUGGGACAAGUAUCUCCGAUUCCUGGGCCCCAGAGGCCCUCCACAACACCCUGGUGCGGGUGAAACUCACGAUUCUGAGCUGACGCAGAUGUAUGAGCGAUUGACACGAUCCAUCGCACCACAUGGCGAUUUCCAUGGGCGAGAUUUGACCAUUGCAGGGUUGAUGUCUCAUGAGGGCAUCGCCUUCGAAGACUGGCUUGACCUCUUUCUCGACUACGCGAUCGGGCUGGCGAUUGCGCAUAGACGUGAGGAGGCAUACCAGAUAUGCCAAGCUGCCAGGGACUCGACCGUGUUCCAAUCAAGCAAGCACGAGUUUGCCAUAUAUGUGGCUUGGAGCGUCUGCGCUAUCUACACGAGCGACGAAGAGAGAUGCGUGUCGGUUGCCCGCCAUCUCAUGAGGGACGGGGCGAUUACGGACUCAUACCGCAUGUUUGCGCUUCUUUCGCGGCUCUGCCAGUCACCAGUGUCGUGGUACACGUCGGGUCCGGCCCAGAAAUUCAUCCUCCGCCAAAUCAAGGCCAUCGACGCCAGGAAUGGGGGCGUCCCUGCUGAGGCGACGGGCCAGAGCGGCACCAUUGACGCUGGAGGUCAGCAACGGGUGAGAGGCUUCGAGGUCGACGUCUGUUUGUUGAUGCUGUACGGGCAUAUCCUCUUCACAUCGACUAGCUAUGCCUACUCCUUGGGCUAUUUCCUGCGGGCGCGCUCGCUCGACCCGACGAAUUCAAUGGUGAAUUUAAGCUUGGGCCUCGCCUAUGUGCACUACGGGCUGAAGCGCCAAUCCGCGAACCGGCAGUACCUGCUCCUGCAGGGCCAGACGUUCUUGUUCCAAUACUUGCAGGGAGCACCUGGUAUGGCGAACGAGAGCAACACGACCAAAGCAGAGCGGUUUUACAAUGUCGGGCGACUGUUCCAGCUCCUGGGCAUCAGCUAUCUGGGCUCGAACUAUUAUGCGACGGCAUUAGAGCUUUGCAGAAAAGAGGAGGGUGGCAAGGACCUGUCGGCCUGCAUCGUGCUGAACAGCGUCGUGUCGCUGCUGUCUGUGGGAAACAAGGCGCUGGCCUUGUCGCUUUUGAAAAGCAACUUGAAGCUGUAGCAAGCCGCCAGACAAGGCGUGUGCGCCAGGCGUUUCGGAGCUGUACACCAAAGAGAACUUAUUCGAAUGUUAAAUCGUGG